GCGUGGAACGUGGGGUUCGUGGUAUUUAAUAGGCCAAACCCGAGACUGUGGGAAAUUGUGCAGCAAAAAGCACCCAUGUAUUGUCAUGGUAAUUUCAGUGGGUGGAGGUUUGAGGGGGAGCGUGAGUACGUUAAACGAGGUUAAGUGAGCCUGUUUAGUUUCUAGAUUUAACAAGACUACGCCACCGCAAACUCAAGUUUCACAAAUAGUCGUGGGAAAGCGAAAGGUUUCUAAAAUACCCAGAGCUGCAGAAAAAUGACGGCCUCUAAUAUCGGCAACGGUCCGGAGAAGAAUUUCAACGCAAAAGAAGAGCGGAAGCUGCGGAAACCCUUGAUAGAGAAGAGACGCAGAGAGAGGAUAAACUCAAGCCUUGAGCAGCUAAAGGGUAUUAUGGUGGAUGCCUACAAUUUGGAUCAAUCUAAAUUGGAGAAGGCAGAUGUUCUUGAGAUAACAGUUCAGCACAUGGAGAACCUUCAAAGAGGUUCAGGUGGUAGCCUCAGUCCAGGCACUGGGUUUGAGUCUCGACAAAGAUACAGUAGCGGCUAUAUUCAGUGCAUGCAUGAGGUACACAACCUGCUCCUGAGCUGCCCUGGGAUGGACAAGACCCUGGGUGCUCGUCUGCUAAACCACUUGCUGAAAUCUCUUCCCCAUAUCAGCACUGAGGCCAGCGGCACAACUUCUGUUGGCACCCCCGGCCCUCUACCUCUAUCCCCUACCCAAUCCCCUCUAAACCUGCCCUCCUUACAUCCCCAUCCUCUCCACCUGCACACCCCUCCAACUCCUUCCCCACCCUCCAGCCCCACUCAGUCCUCUCCCCCCAGGUCUCCUUCCCCUCAGUCUCCAGCACGAUCGGCCCUUCCCCCUUUCUUUCCAGGAGCUGAUCCCUCUAUGUGGAGACCCUGGUGAGUGAAUGCAGCCCAGCCCCCCAUUUGCCCUCCCCUUGCCCUUCCAUGGCCUGCCCUCUUCUACCUAAUAGUUUCCAUUACAUUUGAUCUCUUGGGAGAUUGGAGUGCUUUCCACUCAAAGGGGUGCAUCAUAUUGAGUUACAAAGUCCCAUGGGGUUGUGUGGUAUCAUUUAAAGCACUGUGCAUGCUUGGAAGCAAAUUAUGCUAUGUUCAUGUUUUGAGGGUAUGAUCACAAAUGACACCAAAGCUGCCCUCGUUGACUGUAUAUAUUAGUAUUGCUGUCUUGACCACUUUUAGGGAAAGUUUAUAUUACCUUACUUUGCUUUUUCUCUCUUUUUUUUUUUACUAGCUGGGUUUUAGACAUGGUGUACUGUGGGUUUUAGGGGAUUUGUUGAAAUUAUGCAUAUUUCUCUACCUUAAAUGCAAAACACUAAUGGUGACUCAGAAAGGGUAGAACUGACAAGAUCAUUUGUGAAGAAUAUACUCCAUCCUUGUAUAUUACAAGAAGAGAGGAGUCUGACUAGUACCUCAUAUUGAAGCAGUUAAAACUGAUUUUCUUUCUGAAAAAUCAGAACUGUGUAUUGACUUUGUAUUCUCAAAAAUUUGAUAAUGAUGAUGACUGUAAUAAAGGUGAUUUUAAAAAAAAAU